GAGGCAGCGCUCCAGUCCCCGGAUGUUACCGAUUUAAGGAAGUCAAUCAUCUGACAACAAACUACAAUGGAGUCACUGAUUAAGAGCUUUUUCUCCGUUUAACCAAAACUAAAUCAAAUCAAAUAAAACCUCAGAGAACACAACAGGAGCAUGGAGAAUGAUGAACUUUCGCCAGAGGAUGGGAUGGAUCGGAGUGGCCGUGUACUUGCUGGUUAGCAUGGCCGCGGUUUAUUACAUGUUCGAGAUCAACCAGACGUACAACCACCUCACGCUGGAGAAGACGAGCGGGACACGCCCACCCCCGCUGCGCCCCGCAGACUCCGCCUCCUCUGCGUGGUCCUGGACGCAGAGCGUGAAGUCGCACCUCCUCCUGCUGCCCUUCUGGCUGUGGGCCGCCAUCUUCCUCAUCCCCUACCUGCAGCUCUUCCUCUUCCUCUACUCCUGCACCAGGGCCGACCCCAGAACCGUGGGCUACUGCAUCCUGCCCGUCUGCCUCGCCCUGCUCUGUAACAGACACGCCUCCUUCACCAAGGCGUCCAAUCAGAUCAGCAAGCUCCAGCUGAUAGACACCUGAUGUGGGCGGGGCUCCGACGUGGUUUUACACUCAGCGCUGUUCUUUCCAUUCCACUCUCUCUCUCUUUCUCUCUCUCUCCACCUCUCCAUCACUAUAAACAUGUUCAUUUCCUUUUUAAAUAAAUCAGUUCCUUAAACCCCCGAUGAUUAUGAAGAUGAUGAUGACGAAGAUGAUGAUGAAGAUGAUGAUGAUGAUGACGUUGACGAAUGAACCAGUGACUAAAUUAUUUUAAUUAUUUUAUUUACCAGCCUGGACCUGAUGCAGUAGAGCGAAAAUAAAAACAAGAAUAAAAUAAAUGACUUUUGUUUGUUAAAUAAUAAUAAUAAUAAUAAUAAUAAUAAUAAUAAUCUGUAUAUUUUUUAAAGAACAUGAACUAAAGGCCUUGUGAUUAAAAUGGUCAUAACAGUUCCGUGUGAACUUUUGACUUUAAUUAUUACGUCUUUACGUUUUCUGCGGUUUGUUUAUCUUUGUGUUUAUUGACUCGUUUCUGAUGAACUACUCAGUCUUACUGUUCUAAAAUCAACACGGAAAGAAGAAAAAAAAUAUAUAUGUUCAUGAAUAAAAUAAUGAUACAUAUACCUGUGGGGAUGAACACAGAAAUUUUAUAUAAUGUAAUUCAAGUUAAUGUAUUUAUUCAAAUGAGUGAGAAAUUUAUGCAUAAAUAAAUAAAUAAAUGGAGAAUACAAAUCUUUUACUAAAA